UUCUUCCGAAUCUCUUCGCGUACAACACCAUUAUAUAUCUUCUAGCAUUCUUUUAUCUUUUCAAUUAAUUCCUUCCACCUCUUUUAUCUGCGUGCGUCUCCAUUUGUUUUUCUUUUGAUCAUGGCUAAGGUUCCCAUCAAGGGUACCCUUCUCCUUAUGAGUCGGAGAUCAUAUUCAGUGGCAGUGGUGAAUGCAAAGGUACACCAGCCAGUAGUGACGGCGAUGAGGAAGGCAGCCGAGUCUGGAAGUACUGCGGUGGCCGCGGAGCAGACGAAGGAGAUCUCUUGGAUGAGAGAUCCAAAAAGUGGCAAUUGGAUUCCAGAAAGUCACUUUGACGAUAUUGAUGUUGCGGAGCUGAGGGAAAGGCUUCUUCCCAGGCCAAAAGAAGAAACCCUGAAGUAGUUUUUCCAAAAAGUGGAUCCUUUCGACGCUUUACUUCAGACCCUAUUAAAUUCAACUUGAAUUAAUUGGCGUCUAAUAUAUAAUAUCCUUUUGUACUUUGCAAAAUUGCCUGUACGUAUACAUGUUUCUCAUGCCAUGUACCCACAGAGUGGAUAAUUGCUAUGCUUUCUUCUAUCUCCAGAUCAGGAGUUGAAUUGCCACAAGCAGGUUUGGCAGUAUUCUAAUUACCAAUGAACUAUAGUUAAUUGUAAUCCA